GAAAUCUAUAAUGAAUGCAAGUUAAUUAUUAAAAGGAAAAUAACAACAUUGGCUAUAGACAGUUGAAUGUGAUACCGCUGGGAGCAGGCCAGAUAAUUUGUACGUUUUUAUUUUAUAAAGGUAAAUAAAAGAAUGGGAGGAUUAUAAAGUUCCUAGAUAUACAUGUAGAAUCCAGGUGCUACAUGAAUUACAUAGAUUUAAAAAGCAGUUGUAAUAACCAAUGUGAAUGAACAAGGGAGGUAAUCCACCUGUAUUAUCACCAUGGCAGGUUGGACAAGUUUGUCGGGAUAUCUUCAUUACAAACCUGGCGGAAGUACUACCACAUUUACAUUGGGUCGUUUAAAGGCCAAGAAAAAGAUGUGGUUUACUUUAGAAGAAAGUCAAUGUCAGUUACUUUAUUUUAAAACAGAAGACGAUGCAGGUCGUAAACAGCCCCAAGGAUUAAUUAAUCUCAAGGGGGCAGCCAUUACACUCGACCUAGAUAAUCAAAACCAAUUCAUCAUCAUUGUUGAUGGUAAAGACCAUUUUUUAACAGCAGAAAAUCAUGAAUCUAUGAUGAUAUGGCUAAUGGCUCUACAGGCCAAAAGAGACCAUUUUUCAAAAAGAACGACCGAAUCUGAAGAUACAACGUUAGAAGCAGAUGAUAUGGAUCAAAGAAUUAGAAAGAAAAGCCUUGUUUAUAGUUCAUCUGACUUGUCUCACUCCCCACAAGUGAUGCGUAGUCACAGAACUUUGUGCGCUACAAAAUCGUUACAUUCUAAUGUUGGUAAACCAUUACCCCAAGCGUUGACAGGAGGAGAUGAACCAGAAGAAUCAGAUUGGAGACGAUACCAACUCAAUAAAAUUGGUGAAUCAAUCGACACAUCAUUAGCAACAAAAAUAAAAAAAGAAGUUGCACCAAAAAAUUCCAGUCAGCCUUACAAUCGUCAGCUUUCUGUCAGCGUGGAACAUGCGUCUGGCAUGCAACUCUACCUCCAAAACAAGAGAACACAAGUGAAUGCUUGUAGUAAUUCGAGUAGUGGAAGUACGGGAGAUAGCGACGAAGUGUUUGGAGAAGAAAGUCAGCACAAUGUCCCCAAGGAGGAGAGCUGGAGAACAAAAAUUCUACGUAAAUUGAACUUGGAAGAUGAUCGAGAAAAAGACAAACAUAAUGAAGAAUCUUCAAUCCACAGACGAAGUUCAUUAUCCGUCUCGUUGUCUAGUGAUUCAGCCAUAGACAAAGGGGAGGCAACUUCUCCAGAACAAAACGGACGUGUGCUCGACCUGGAGAAAGAAUUAAUUGCUACAAAAUGUGAAUUAGCGCGAGUGAUGAACAAACAGACGUGUUUUAAUGAGAUCUUGAAACAGAAGGAUGAGAUUAUCAGUGACCUUGACGACAAACUCAGUAAAGUCAGUCCCAAUGAUCAACCUUAUGACAGUAAAAAACGUGUCAAAGCUGUGGCUUCCUCAGAACUUCAUGAAAGAGUACGGGUACUACAAAACCAAAAUCGGUUUUUAAAUGAAGAAGUUCGCAGAUUGGCCAAAUUACGUGGUACUGAUGCCAACAGAUUUACGGAUCAAGAUCUACAUUUAUCAUCAUUAGAAGGAGAGAUAGAGAAAUGGAAAUAUGAUUAUGUUUCUCUGAUACAGUCUAGUAUUCGCUUCUCUGGUACAGAUAGCAUGGACGAUGCUGAAUUAAUUCUAUUUGGUGGUGAUAGGCAUAAAAAGCGUGUUUUAAGUUUAUUAGAUGAAGCCAGAAAAUUAAAUCCAAGUUUACCCACGUAUGAAAGACUUGCAAAUAAAGAAGUACAUGUUGAUGCCUAUGGUUUUAAACAUAGUUUUGAGGAUAAUGGUCUCUUAUUACAUUAUUUAUGUCAAGAAUUGAGUCAACAUUUUAUCACACAAGCUGGUUCAUAUGAAGAACAUCAGAAAAAAUGGAUGUUGUACCUUAGACAAAACAGUAAAUCAGUUUUUAAAGAUCGAGGAGUAUUAAAACAGUUAGUGAGGGGUGGAAUACCAGAUCAGUACAGAAAACAAGUAUGGCGUCAGUUAGUCCACAGUCGGGUUCAAGAUGUUAUCACAGAGAAAGGUCCUCAUUAUUACAGAAAUUUAUGCAACAUGGUUCCUGAUUCACCUUUAGCAGCUAGAUACAGAAAACAGAUAUCUUUAGAUCUGAUGAGAACUAUGCCAAGUAAUGUUAAAUUUGCUACAGCAGGUUCUAGAGGGAUAAUGGAUUUACAAGAUGUGUUACUAGCUUUCUGUAUUCACAGUCCUGAUAUUGGUUACUGUCAGGGGAUGAACUUUAUAGUUGGAAUGGCUUUAUUAUUUAUGGAUGCCCAAGAUGCUUUUUGGACCUUGGUAGCUACGACAGAAAGAUAUUUUUCCAGCAAUUAUUUUGAUCAUAAUCUAGUUGGAGCUCAAGCGGAUCAACAAGUGCUCAAAGAUAUCGUUUUUGAAAAACUCUCUGUUACUGCCAAACAUCUAGAUGCCAUAGAUAUAGAAAUAUCAACGGUCACACUCAACUGGUUCCUGGCGAUUUAUUUUGAUGCCGUUCCGUUUAUGACAUUACUGAGAAUAUGGGAUUGCUUCUUACUUGAAGGUCCAAAGGUUUUGUUUCGAUUUUGUCUGGCCAUUUUGAAGAUGAACGAAAGAGAGAUUCUGAUGAAGAACGACACAAUUAGUGUGAUGCGACAUUUGAAAUCCUGUGCUAAAAUGACUUAUGAUGUUGAAGGCUUAGUAAAGAUAGCGUUUGAAGAUCUGAAACCCUUCCCACAUCGUCAGGCCAUUAAAAGUAAACAGGCGUUUUAUCUGACUUCAUUAAAAGAGAAAUACAAACGAAGGGAAUUACAGAAAAUGGCCUUUGCUGAACGAGAGCAUAUGUUUAUGGCACUGGAAGCUGAAGCUGGAAGUUUCCUGUCUUUUGAAUGCUGCACCACAAGUCCUUCAGGUGAGAUUUGGUUGUGUUACGGAGAACAGAAUCAGUCACAUGUGUGUCGUGUUAAUUGUUAUGAGGGGGUCAUGCUAGAUAUAUCCUUGGAGUUUGAUUCGAAGAUGAUGUCCAUGUUGGCUUUACCUAACAACAUUGUCUUCUAUGGCUCUCUGUCAUGGCUGCUUUAUUCCUAUGAUAUGCAGCAAAAAAAAGAAAGAUGGCAUAUUAGACUCCAUGAUGCCGUUCUCUCAGUUUGUUCAUAUUCUGAAGAUGAUCAUCAGUUUAGAAUAUUUGCAGGAUUAGCAGACGGUACAGUUGCCAUUAUUGAGAAUGGAGAGAGUGCUAUAGCUCCUAUAGAUGUUAUGUAUAUACCUGUUGGUCAAUCACCUGUUACCUGUGUUAUGGUAAUAGGUAAACAACUAUGGUGUGCCUGUGGUAAUACUGUACAUGUUAUACAUGCUGGUACUCUGGAUGCCAUGGAUAAUUUCACUGUUUCGAGUAAUCCUUAUGACCAUAUUUUGUCACUGGAGCCAAGUAUGACUGGCGUGUUUAUCUCAGUUCGUGGCUCCUCCAUCUUAGAAUUAUGGGAUCCUCAAACUCUUAGCUGUAAGAUGCUGUAUGACACUAGAUCUUGUCGAUACCCAAAUCUGAGAAAGGAAGACGAUGCCUACUUCAAUAGAGCUCGAAUCACUUCCAUAAUGUCAUACGAGAACACAGUUUGGGUCGGAACAGGAGAGGGAAAUUUGAUGAUCUACGACGUGAUAGAAACGGGAGCAUGUAAAACACCAUCAGAACAGUCGUUUACAGGAAGCUUGGCGGAAAACCUUUGUCUGGUUACUGACGAAAAUGAUCCGAUUCGAAAAGUGGAGGAGAAAGUUCGGGAUAUGUAUUAUCGGAAACUAAAUGAAGGUAUCAGUCUGUCUCCCGUUAAACAGGACAGUCAGGUGGCCACGACUCCAUCAUCCCCAAUUAAUAUAACAGGGAAAGCGUCGGACAACAUGGUGGCCAUGUCAGUUGGAAGUACGAUCUUUGUUGGCAAUGUCGAAGAAUCAAUUUCUGUAAAGAAUAAAUUUCUGUCCUCCACACCUUUGAAUUCUCCAGAUAAGAGACUGAAAGACAGAGGAAAUGUUACCAAGGAAACAGAAUCAGAAUUUCACUCGUCUCAGGGUAGUUUCUGGUUUGAUAGUUGUGGUGAUAGCUUUUCUCAUCAUUGUCAACAUGGCGGGAAUUCAAAUGAAGAUGGAGACACCACUAAAGGCAGACGCAAGCUUUUUGAUGAUUCACAUUCAAGUGAAUUGUGUAAUGGUCAUUUGAUGGAAGAAUCCGAGGGUAGCACUGGUACUGUUAACGAUGACACAGAUGAUUCAAAAACAACCAAAGAUGUCUUUCCAGAUGGACACAUUCCAAGUAAGAACGAUCUUCUUUCACGAUACGUCCUGGCUCAGAGUAGAAGCGUUCAUCAGAAAAUGAAAGAAAAGAAAAAGGGAGACAACCUGAUCACAGAAUCAACAGAAGUUAUCAGCAGUGGUGAACACAAGUCUCACAGUUUUGACGUCGUAGAAAUGCCAGAAAGUGCUAAUUCAAGUUUGGUUGUGAUUGACUCAGAACAUUCCGGAGAAGCAGUUGAAAAAGAAAAUAAUGAAAAAUCUAGAACGGGAAAAUUAGACAAUGAAAGCAUCGUUAAUGCUAUUAAUGAAGCUAAUAAGACAGAUAUAACGGACACGGAACUGUCAACAGGUGUGACAUCUGGCUUUGCCGGUGACUCAGGUCACGUCAGUGAUAUCAGCGACAGUGUGGCAACUACAAAUAACUCUCCUAAAUCUAACAGUGCUAAUAAAGACACUUACAGUGUUUCCAAUCAGUUGAACAACAAGUGUGUCAAGUGCACGGACAAUAGUUUAACUUUGAGAUCGGACAUAAUUUGUACAUGCAAUAAAACGAGGUCAAACGGACGCGUGGACAAUUUUAUUUCAUUACAGAAAACUGUGCAAGACUUGGAUUGUGUGACAUGCAAAUCUCAGUCAUGUGACUGUUACAAAAAUAAAUCAGACAAUAAUAAAAGAUGUGCUAAUUGUGAAAAUUGUAAAAAUGGUAAUAUUUGCAGUAAUUUUAAUUCCACUGGAACAUCGUCUUGUGGAACCUCGCGUAAUACUUCUGUAAAUAAACUCAGCACGCACUCAGAAGACUCACACGUUCCCCAAAGUACAGAUUCGGAAGUGGAUCAGGAUGAGGUUUUUACUGAUGCUAAGGAGAGUCCAUUUCAUUCACGAUCUACACUAGCUGUGAGUGAACAGGAUGAAGAAGCAACCACACCAACCAGGCAGAUCACAAUGGCUGAUAGUUUCCUUGGCAACCAGGAUUCAGAAAGUGAAAGUAGUGUGUAUAGUUUGAAGAGUGCUAGGGAACAACUCACACCCAACAGAAGCAGUUCAUCAUCUCUUUUGAGUGAUCGUUCAAGACUUGAAUCUUCCUCCACCGUGCCAGAAAAGUUCCAACCCAAAAAUCGAGAAGCUCAAUACCGAAUUGACUUCACCAACAUUCAAGUGGAUACAGAUGUUGAAAGUAACGUCUCUUUCUCGCUUCAUGGAUCUUUGAGCUCGGAAGCAGAUUACAAACAGGUAGAGGAAUUCUUGCACCACAAGAACGGCCUGUCAGGAAUCGAUCCUGCAAGUUUAAUUUUCCCAGCAGACUUCGAUAUUUCAUCUUUAGACAACACAGAGGACAAACUAAUGCAGCUUUACAACAACAAUGGCUGCUUCGGAACACCAAAGAGUAAUCAGACGUGGUCAAGUUAUGAUGAAAUCUCCACCCCGUCGAGAGUGGAUGUAGAUUCGGUUAGUGCCAAGAGUGCGCGUCCCAAUAUGUUACGAGUAAACUCCAUUCAGAGUAACAUCAGUGCUGCCACUAGCAUCAUCUCUGCUACUACCAUGUCAGAAUCUCUCUACUCUGCCGACCUUUGUCUCCAGGCUAAAGUCAAGAUUUCAGAUAAACCAGUCAAAUGCUUGCUCAAAGACACGUCUCAAGCUGAUCCCAUUAUGCUGAGCAUGUCUGGUUCCUAUGGCGACGAUGAAGCUGUUUUAAAAUGGAGGAAAGAAGCAAAUGAGAUGAUGUGGACGAAUGAACCUAUUUUAGAAAUUUGCCCUCAUACAAAAAUCGCCAAGAUGCCUAACUACAUGAGACGAUUAUCGUUGAUGUCAUCUCCUGGAAGUAGUGACAGUUCCGUUAUCAGUAUGAAGAGAUUGAACAUGAGCCAAUAAAAUUGGCUGCUACGAUUUUACGUCUGCGCAGAAGACAUUGGAACAUUAAUUACGUCAACAGAUCGGCAGGGGGGAAAUGAUGCAGCAUCCAGAAGAUGGGUUAAGAUACAUAAAAUUGUAUGUACUUGUAUGCAUGGAAAUGAAAAGCAGAUUUGAUGUGCAGUGCUGAGAGAUAAUUCAUUAAUGGAGAAAGAACAUUUUAAACUUCUUUGUGAUAGUUUCAACUUCUUUGGGAUAAUUUCAAACUGCUGAUAGUCCACUUGUAGAUCUUAUAGUUCAAAUAUCUGAGAAUAUUUUAAACUUCUUUGAGAUAAUUUCAAACUGCUGAUGGUCCUUUUGUAGAUCUUAUAAUAACUGGUAAUAAAUGGUCUUCCACAUAAACUCAGGAUUAUUAAAUGCAAUUUUUAAGGGUUUUGUAGUCGCAGAAUAUUGUUCAGGUGACUUGUCUUAAAAUUCUAAGAAUAUUACAAUAUUUUGGUGACUUGUCUUGAAAUUCACUUAGUUUCUGUUUGGUGGUUUGCCUUUAAAAAAUAAACUCCUGAUAUCGUACCUUAACAAAAAUAAUUAAAAUGGGUUUAUUUUUUACAUUAAAUAUUUUGAAAAAUGCACCGAAAUCAAUGGAACGAAGAGAAGUGUAGCUCAAAUUUAAUUUAAAUUUUGUUUUCCGCCAACCCUUUUAACCCUGUUAAAUGGGAUAAUUUGUUUGCUUAAGAAAUAUGAUGAUAGCUUGUGAAAAAUAUAAAUGGACAUUGGAUGUUUUAAUUUCUAUUUUUAUGUUUCUGGAAGAGAUACACAAUAUACUUAAGUCUCAAUAAACGAUUUUGCAUUAUUUUUCUCUCUCUCCCCAAACAUUUUGAAAAAACAAUAUUCCUUUCACAAAGUACUGUUUGCAUGAAUACUGAUUGAAUUAUAUCUAAAGCUAUAUUCCCUCUGAAAAUUCUAUUUUAUUACAUAUCUGAAUACCAAAGCCAUUUAUACUAUAUUACAUUUUAACUCUGUAACUUUACCAUGAUAUUUUUUUGUUGUUAUAUAAUAGCCCAUAUUUGAACCCUUUUAUAAAUAAAUAUUUUGCGUUAUUUAUAUUUUGUGCACCUUCUCUCAUUCCAGUUGAUUUCUUCAUUUUUCGUUAAACCUUUAUCGAGGAAAUCCAAUAGGAUCCAGAGAGAUACUGCACAUUGAAUAAUAAAAAAUGUGUAAAUAGCUAUUUAAAAUUACAGCAACUCCUCCUUAGUCUCAUUUCGGCAAUUUUGAUUAAAAUAAAUUAUUGAAACAUUGAGAAUACGGCAAUUUUGAUUAAAAUAAAUUAUUGAAACAUUGAGAAUACGAUUUAAAUUUAAAGUAAUAACCAUUUCAAAAAUUAUUGAUAAUCAUAACGAUAUCCUUAAUCAUCAGGGGUCUCGUUUUAUUCAUAUUUGCCAGUUUUGACUGACUUACUGUCAAAUUGACUGACUAGUGAAAUUACCUUCCAGUCAAUUUGAAUACCUUAAAAUUAAAAUUCUAAAUAAUGUAAGCUUAAAACACGACAAUACAGUUAAAUGUAUAGUUUUAAUUUUGUAAAAACACUUCAAAAAUAGAAAUAUUUAUGUAAAAUUGGGAUUAUGCUAAAAAAAAAUGUCGCAUUCUUUGGAAAAAAUAUCCGAUAUCAAGAAUCUAUGUCAAAAAUUGACCAACUGGCAACAUUUUGAAAUGAAAGCUUUGUAAUAAAUUUCACAGAAUCUUUCUGUCUAUACUUAAUACUUUAUUUCACUCUCGUUCUUCAUUGUGUUCUGUGAAUUUGUCAUAUUUUUUUGUUUGUCAAUUUUCCAUAUAUUCUCUUUAAUAGAUUUAUGUGUUCGACAUAAUUGUAAAUGGGUAUUUGUAGUCGAUUUUUUUUUUUUUUUGUUAAAAUAAUUUUUGGAUUUUUAUAAUUUUUUAUUAAUAUUAUAAGCUUUAUUAUUUAUCCUGACGAUUUACUAUAAUUUUUGUUGUUAUAUAAUUAAAUGGAACCGUGAUUUGUUUGCUGUUCUUUAUUUCAUGACUUAGACUUUUGUCUAGAAUUCAAAUCAUAAUAUAUUUUUCCAAAGAUCUUGUCUGCUUAGUAGUAUGGAAUUGAUUCCAGCUUAAUGAGUUAUGAUUGGGAAGUUGUGUCGUAUAUGGUUUUUGCGGACACUUCAUCAUGAAUGAUUUGGUUUAUAGACAUAGAAUGAUUCGAUUUUGUGAUGUUUCUUCACAAAUUGUUCCCCCCUCUAGAAGGCCACACUGUGCAAUGCAUAAUAAAUAAGUAAAAUGUAGUCUACAAAGUGAUGGAAAAUAAUGGCAGAAUUUGAAUGUGUAUAAUUUAUUUUAUGCAAUAUUGAAUAUGAUAUUUAUGUGUAUAUAUUCUGUAUAUUUAUGAAUAAUAUUAACUAUUUAUUGUAUAUUAAAUGACCUUUGACCCCGAAACCAAAUAAAAGGUCAAAGUUGAAAGGUCUAUGAUUAUGAAAUAUGUAAAUAAAAUGACCUUUGACUGUGAAACCAAAUGAAUGGUUGAAGUUGAAUAUGUAAAUAAAAUGUAAAAAAGCUUUCAUAUUUCUUGAUGAAUAUUUUAAUAUGUACAAAGAAUGAAUAUAAAUUUGUACUUUUUACAAGCUUGUCUCGAUGUUAAGCCAAAUGGGGCUGUCUAUAUCUUGUCUUAACCUAAAGGGAUCUGUUACUAUUUUGUAAUCUCUAUAUUUUUGUAACUUUUUGUACAUAUUUCUUAUUGUUGAAACAUGCAUAUCGUAUAAACAGGGAAAAGGUUACAUAAUAAUAUAAGAACUGCUGCGGAAUAUAGUUACGCAAUUUUAAUAUUUUGAUAUGAAGAGAUAUUGUUUAUCAAUCAGUUUUAUUUAUAAUGAUAUAUAGAUUGAUUCAUGUACAUAUAUAGAGAUAUAUAUAUAUUUUAGUUUGUCUCAUGUAUUUUAUAAUAAUAUGUUUUUGCCGAAAUUACAAAUUGCUUUGAAUGGGUUUUAUGUUGAGAAAUAUGACCAAAAUGUGUCAAUGUUUUUGUGCAUAGUAUUAACCAAAUAGAACAUUUUGAUGGAUAUUUCUUCCCAUACCUUUAAGCAUUUGUUUUAAAUGGGUUUUAUGGAGAGAAAUAUAGCAAAAAAAUGUUUCAAUGAUUUCUUACAUGGUAUUAACCAAGUUGAACAUUUUGGUGGAUAUUUCUUCCCAUACAACUACCUCUAAGCAAUUGUUUUUCGAUAAAAAUGUUUUGUUAUAUAAGUAAGUUGUAUCUGUGAUAAUGUGAUACAGGUGAGGUCAAAGUUCCGAUAGCCUCUUAUUUUAAUGUGUCUGUUCUUGGAAUCAGACACAAUGUCAUCUUUCUUGUUAACAGUCGGUUCCAGAAUAUUUUGUCAGAUUUUAAAAUUUGGAUCCAUGUGUUCAAUCAAGCCUGCAUUUGUCAGAAGGCAGGAUAGACAUAUUUGUCUCGUUCAGGCCGUUUCUCUUUUGCGUUUUGUCAAAUGUUAAAAAAAUUGAAAUGACUCAGACAAAUAAUUUCAUAAUGAGCACUUGUCUGAAAUUGAAUUAAAAAAAUGUCGACUGGAUAAAAAAGAAUGAGGUGAACGGCUGGAUAAUAAAGACGGAUGGCAUAAUGUUGAGUUUUUAUUUAAAUAUUUUGUAUAGUUUAUUUGUAUAUUUUCAUUUUUGUACAUAGUGCAAGCGACAAGCAACUAGUGAGUGAGAGUUGGCUGUAAAUAAAGCAAGCGUUUUAGUGAUAAUAUUAUACUGUUGAUGAUAAUGCGAUGGUCUAUUAUUAUUAUUGUUAAUAUUUUAUAUAUAUUAUAUAUAGUACAUAUUCUAGUCAGUGCUUUUUGUAGGGAAGAUCUUGUUUUCUUCCUCUCUAAUCAAUAAACAUAACAAAAUAA